GCGCUACCGAAAUCGUCAUCCCCGCCUGCAUCCAAGCCCGAAUCGCCGCCGGCAGCCCCGCCUCCCACCCACCCCCCGGAGUCGCCCCCGAUCACCUCCGGCGCCUCCUCUCUCACCGCGGGCGCCUAGGUCCGAGCGGUCUCCCCCGCCUCCUUCCUCGCCGUGCCACGCCGGCAGCAGGAACGCCGCAGCCGACGGCCGACGACGGGGGCUCGUCGGGGGUCAGGAGGUGUUCGCGGACUCGGCGACAAUCCGUCGUCAUCGUUGCAUGAUCCAGAUAUUUUCGAGGAUAGCAGCAAGAAGCCCUCGCCGCGCCACCUCCGCAUCGCGUCCGAGUAGCUCGAAGCAUCAUCCGGGGCAAUUCUCUCGUUGUAGCCCAGCUUACCGAGGUAUUACUACCAUUAGCACCAGCAAUCCAAUGAGGUCUGGUGAUGGAAAUUCGGAAGGCCAGGACGCACCCCUCGCCGAGGGGAAGGACCGCGGCUGCUCCCCAGGUGUCCAGUCCACCCCGGACAUCGAGAAGAAGUACGUGCACCGCGUCUACGACGCCAUAGCCCCUCACUUCAGCUCCACGCGGUUCGCCAAGUGGCCCAAGGUCGCGGGGUUCCUGAACUCGCUGAGGCCAGGGUCUGUCGUGCUGGAUGCCGGCUGCGGCAACGGCAAGUACCUGGGCUUCAAUCCCGAAUGCUUCUACAUAGGCUGCGAUAUAAGCCCGCCGCUUAUAGAGAUAUGCGCGGGGAGGGGGCACGAGGUGUUUGUCGCUGAUGUCGUCAACCUCCCGUACAGGGAAAGUGUUGCUGACGCCGCGAUUUCGAUUGCGGUGUUGCAUCAUCUGAGUACCGAGGACAGGCGGAGGAAAGCCAUAGAGGAGUUGAUCCGUGUUGUCAAGAGGGGGGGUCUUGUGCUGAUCACUGUCUGGGCUGUGGAGCAGGAAGACAAGUUGCUUCUUAACAAGUGGACUCCCUUGUGCGACAAGUAUAAUGAAGAGUGGGUUGAUCCCAGCAGUCCCAUGGUGCGUAACAAAUCUGCUACUACGCUAGAUAGCAUUGAAGAGACUGAUGAAGACAUGCGCGCCAUCAAGCAAACAGAUGAUCAGCUGAAAAAUAGUUUUGAUGGUUUGGAGGAUAAGACCUUAAUUAUGGAUGAGCAUGACAAAACCCAGCAGGAGUACUUUGUUCCUUGGCAUCUACCAUUUCACCGAGCAGAAAUUGGCGGCGCAUCUGCUGUUGCUCUACAGAAUGGAUUGGCAAAGAAAGAUGAUAAGAAGGGCACUGUGGUCUACAACCGUUAUUAUCACAUUUUUGUCGAAGGAGAACUUCAAAGGCUAGUUGCUGGCAUGAAAAAUGCAGCCAUCACCGACCAAUUCUACGACAAAUCGAACUGGUGCAUAGUUCUGGAGAAGCUUUGAGCCACAGACUAGCGAUGGCGGAGAACGUGUCCGCAGCCCUUACCCUCGUGUCUUGUAGGACCAUCAGCUGCUAGUGCACUCGGCGAGGGCACGAUUUUGAGCCCGGAGGUUAAGCACAAACAACAAUCUUGCACAAGCUGUGUGCUGUCUUGCAAAUUAUGGAAACUCGUGAAUCAUCAUGGGUUUCUUGUACUAUUUUUGGUCUACUGCAUAAUGGAACAUUUUUUACAGCCAGUGAACAUUGUCACUAGUUUUCAGUCA